AUGGUCUCUUCUACUUAUCUCGGAAUAAAUUUGGGCUUCUAUUCUUCAGAACCUUUAAAGGCUUCAGAAAAUUCUGAAUAUAGAGAAUAUCAUAAUAUAAAGAAUAAACAAAAUAAAGUUAAUUAUUUUACAAUUGAUGAUUUUAUUAAAAAAAUUACAUUAAAAAAGAAAAAAAAAAACAAAAAAUUUGAUAGUAUAGAAAAGAAAGUAAAUGUUAUAACGAAAUUGAAAAAUAAACAUUUUUCUGAUCAAAAUAAACAAAAAAUUAUUUUAAAUAAUCAGAAAACAAAUAGACAGGAAAAAAGAAAAUCAUCUAAAAAAAUUAAGUGUUAUCAGAAUAAACGCCCUAAAAAAUUAUCAUAUUUUUCAUCAGAUGAAUUAAAUAAUAAAUCUAUUGAAAUGUUGUCAGAUCCAAUUAUUGUCUCUUCUCCUUUAGCUAAAUCUAAAAUUAAUAAAAGAAUGUAUUUGCCUAUAACUGCACACGGAAAAAGGAUUCUUAUACCACAAAAGUAUUCUUUGAUACAAAAAUUGAAAAACAAAAAAGAAAAAAAAAAACGCAUACUCCCUAACGAUAAUUUCAUUUUUGAAGGAUUUGAAGAUAUUAGUGAAGAAUAUAAUUCUACUCCAAUGUAUGGUAAACUUUUAUUUAAAUCAUCUGAUGAUAUUAUUUAUGAAAAAGAAUCUGAAAUACAGGAUUUAGCAUGUUUUGUUCUUGGCAAAUCUAGUUUAUAUGAAUCUGAAAAAAAUCAUAAUAAUUGUUAA